CUAAAUCCAAUCCAUCAAGAUUCCAGCAAAGAAGUUUCAGCAUCCUAGACCUACUUAUCAAUCAAUAAGAAGUGAACUAUAAUAUGAAUGAUUGACAAUGUUCACAAAUUUCCAAAAUACUUCUAUCAUCUUUGGUAGAAUAACUAGAAUUGUAAAUUUUCUUAAAUGACGUCACGCUUGAAAUUGAUUUCACGCAGCUAAAUGAAGCCAUUGAUUCCGGACUAUUUCGGUCCGUUGGUCACCUUUUUGACGAGGUUCUGGUCAAUAAACAUAACACUGGUGUAUCUUCAAAUGAUUUCCACGUUUGUAUCUUAAACAUAAAAAAAAACUUCUUAAGAAAAAAGUAUAUGAGCAACGACUAUAGUCGGACAUUACGCUAUCUAAGUUAUUUGUCGUAUAAGAUGUGUUCUUAAACAUUGUAUAUUUAAAGCUGUGACAUGUUUAAAACACGUCACCCUUCGAUUCCUAUGGCACAGUGGCGUCAUAUGUCCUGAACGACUUACUUCGCUCCAAUAAGCAGCGCAAACUUCCACAAAAUGAGAAAUAUGAGAAUGUUAUAAAGAAAUAUCCGUAUGCAAGAAAAGAAAUGAAAAUAUACGACUGAGUUUUGUAAAGAUUGUCUCGUUUUGCGCAGUUAUGGUAUGUUUUGGAGACAAAACGUUUUUUAUUCGUGUAUAAAGGUGCUUUUAACUUACACCGUUGUUUUGGCAGCUUUAUGUAUUUAUGUGACAAGGGCGAGGGACAUCAUUCAUCCAAAAAAAGCUGUUUGUAAAUUUGGAUCGCACUUUUUUCGCUUUACUGGACCGCUGACAUUUAGCGAAGCGAUCCGUGAAAGAAAGAUUUUCAAUCACUGGACACAACACGCGAAGACAUCAAUCAAAAGUAAGCGAUGUUUUGCAUGGUGUUGUAAGAGAAUAUGGUGUCAAAAACGGGCAGGCAUAGAAAAGAUUUGUCUCCAAAGUAAGGAAGAAAUACGAUUAAGAUGUUACUCUAACUGUUCUAUAACUGACAAAGAAAAAGUAUGGAAAGGUAAAAAUACUUCAUCAAGAAGGAAAAAACGUUCAAUUAACUCUCAAGAGGGAAAUAAAAAGGCAUUCAAGAGAAGAUUGACGAGGAUCAGAUUUAUCAAAGUAAGAGAGAUUCAUCCAGAUAUUGCACCAUCAUACUUUCACCAACGAAAACAUAAUGAAGAUAAAACAAAUAGAUCUGCACAUAGCAUAAAACAUAAUGCAACUCUCCUAGCCAAGAUCAUCAAUGAUGUCAAUCAGAUAUUAGAAAUAUUAGACAAAAGAACGCCAGAUUUUAUGCAAAAGCCAAACCUAAAUCCUAAUAUCACAUGUUCUGCUGGUUAUAAUUGUAUGAACGUUACAUUUCAAAGUGAUGAAAAAAGGAAACGUCAGAAUCCUAUCAAAAGUUACUCUGACGAUGAUUUUAAGCCAAAGAAUUAUGUUAUUAACGAAACCAACAAUGCUUCUUUUGCUGUUUCUAAAUUUAAAAAUGGUGGAAAUGUUGGUGACAACAGUUUUGUUAAAGAUAUUAAUAUUGGGGAUAUUCAAAAGAAAAGACAAAACUUUGACAAUAGUUUUGACAGAAAAAAUGUUACAAAGAGUAGUCGAAUCAAUGAUGAAAGAUUAAAUGAUUUUGUAAAUGAGAUGGAAAUAGAGCUUAAUGAUUUACUCUUACAACUUACCUCUGAAAGCUCCAAUGAAAAAGAUGACACGACUCUUUUUGACGCUGCGCAAGAAAAAUACUUAAAACAGGAUGAGAAUAUGCUUGAUAUGAUAUCAAGCAUAUUAAAAGAUCAAUCAGAUAACGAUGUAAGACUGUUUGAAAACAGUGGAAUUCAGUCCAACCUUUCAAAAUUGGCAGCAAUAAAAUCGAAACAAACAGAUAUACAGCAAGAACACCUCUUGCAUAGAAAGCAUGUUUUGUUGCACUCACAAGUUCCUUCAGGGUAUUUACCCAAAAAACUCUCUCCUUUUAAUAAUUCGCUUGAAUAUUUCAAAGAAACAAAUAAUAGUUUCUUUGCGAGUUCAGAUUUCCAUGGAGCUCAACCACACAAUUCAAGUUUUCGCAAUGCAUUUCCAAUUUCAAUAACAAAAACUAUUAGCAAAUCAAAUCCUGAUAACUCGACAAAACGAAACCUUAUUUCGUCAAAUCAUAGCCAUGUCUAUGUAAUAACAAAGAGAAUUUUUGAAGUUGGGAAAGCUGCUAUUGAAGCAGGCAAGAACAUGAUCUUGGCCAAAAAAUCUCCCUUGAACAAAGAUAAAAUUUAUGAUAUUGUUGGAACACGAAAUGUUACCUCGGUUGGGAAGUAUUUGAUAAAAAUUGGUGAAGAAUUACUGAAACGAGGUGAAGGAAUGAGUUCUGUUUUUAACAGAACAAUACCGUUAAGUCAAAAGAUUGGGAAAGGAAAUGCUCAGAAUUUUGAAAAAGAGCCAAAAAGGGGUGAAAAAGGGACUAAUGAAAACCAAGGGGAAAAGUCUUUAAGAAACGUGUCUAAAGAUAUAAAUCUUGAUACAAAGUGUAAUGUUAUCAAUGUACAUCACAAUUCCUUUAUAAGAGGUGGCUUUAGUGGAGGUUUAUUUGUUCCAGCUGGUCGAGUUCAACAUCCAGAAGAGUGCGGAAAGCUGUGUUGUGGUUAUUUAAAAUGUGACAUAGCGCUUCUUCUCGAUGAGGAAUGCUACAAUGUAGAGUGCUUUCAUGCAACGCUUUGUGAAAUCGUUCCACGUUGGAGCUCGCUGGAGUUUACUUCCAAAAUCAUUAGCAUACGAAGAGAACACCAAAUCGAAUACAGCUUGAACAAGCCCUUACAACUUAAAACAAGUAAAACAACUAGUUCGUCGAUGAGCGAGAAAAAUCUAGGGUUGAAAGGCAUUUCUUCUAUUAAAAAUGAAAGAAUUAAUGCCAAAACCAAACUCUCAAAGGAGGAAACGAAUGCAAACAGCUCACAUCCGGAAAUGGGUCGACCAUUUCAUUCACAAACUUCAGCAAAGAAGGGUAUAGGCAUAAAUAAAGAUGACAUAAAAACCACCAACGAAAAAGAAAGAUUACAUGCAAGGAACUCUACAAUAGAGAAAGCGAAACGAAAGAAAAUUACAUGCCUCCACGAUGCUGACAAUGGCAAUGAUGCUCUUAAACCAGGACAGUGGAAACUUAGUGGUAAAACAAACGUAAGUAGUGAAUGUGGAGGCUUGUGUUGUUUACAAAAUGGCUGUAAUGUGGCAUUUCAAAUUGGGAAAUUUUGCUAUUCCCUUCAUUGCUAUGAGGAUAAACGCGGAUGUGUGUCUCUUGCUUUACCAAUUGGCUUAUCCUAUCUUCAUCAUAUAAGGCAAAAUAAAAGUUUGUUUACACUAAAUAGUUUGAAUAAAGUUUUUGUAAAUGACGGGGCAAAAACCUCAUUAAAACAUGACAAAAGACCUAGGGAAGUUCAACGAAAUUGGGUUGGAGAUAAAAUCAAAACUAAAAAAACAGAGCAGAAAAAAAAUCAAAAGGAGAAAAAGCAAUCUAAAGUAAUUCAAGUCAGUCAUCACAGCUACGAGAAAAAGAACAAGAAGAAACCUUUUUUCUCUGAGAUGAGCAAAAGAUUGAUGACGAAUAAUCUAAAAACUACCAAGAUCAAUAAAAAGAAGCCUAAAGAGAUGCACAAUCAUAUAAAAUUAUCAACUCAUAAUAAGCAUUUUGCACAUAUUGCGUGGCUCUCGAAACGACAUCCAUCCGAACUUCCACCUUUUUUGAACAAAGGAAAUGGUGUUUUAUAUGAUUUCUACAAUAACAGCGAUAAUGAUACAGAAUGGCAUGAAGCAUCGUAUGUACUACAAACUGUAAAUGGAUCCUAUAAAAAUAUAUCACAAAGUAAGUUAAAAGAGCAAGAAAACACAACAAACGAAAAUUAUAAACUUAGUAACAAAACAGAUUACUCCCGUUUGAUAAAAGCCAAAAAAAUAGAUACUCAAAUUGCCACUACUGAAACAAACCGUAUGAAUGGAUUCCGUUUAACAGACACCAAUCUUUCGUGCAAUGAUAACUUUUGUAUGAAGUACAACUCACAAUUAUUAAUGAAACAUAAACGUCCUUUAAGGAAUUUUCCAGUUACAAAAAUGAACGAUACAAAUGAGAGUAAGGCUGUUCAUUUGAAGAAUAUGACAAAGAAAAAUUACAUUUCGUAUCGUCUUCAAGGUGCGCAUGGAGAUAUCAUUCCUAAAUUUAAAAAUAUUCAUGUAAAUAAUGGCAAUGAGUUAAAACAUAUUUGUCGUAAACAUGAUUUGCAUGGAAAGAAUGUCAAUGGUAAUAAGAUAUUGAAACCAGAAAAACAGGAGUUAGAUGGUAAAAACACGAUGAGAAGCUCUCCGCCAACUAAAGAACAAUUUCAUGGGAACGAGAUGUGGCCUUGGAAAAUAUCAUUUAAUGAAAGCAUGAAAGGAGUCAGGAAUUUCAGUCUUCCACAUGAUGAUGAAGAAAAUGUUCAUUUUCUCUAUUCUUCGCCUCUAAUGAGAGAAGUAUCAAAAAAGCUCACAAAACCUAAAAAGCAUCUGAUAUUUGCUCCAAGUAUGUCUAGUAAACGUAGAAAAAUGAAUUCAAAGGACAAUAGAAAAAAUAUGCCAUUCAGUCUGAUAAUUUCUAACAUGACGACCGAUGAAAAUGGUGAGCCAAACAGAACAAAAAUUAAGAAUCACACGUACUACGAAGCUUUAUCGGAAAAAUUGGAAAACAUAUCCAAAAAUUCUUUGCUGAAAAAACUUGAAAGAGGAAACCAGACAACAGAGAAUUUCAGAAAAAUUGCACAUAAAGCAUCAAUUGACAGUAAGCAUAUUCCUCCUAAUAGUCAACACUUGAUAAACAAUGUCACAAAAGUUAAAAAAGGUGGUAAACGUAUUCCUGCGAAUAGAAAACAAGCAAUUGCAACCAAACGUAAAAAGGAUAUACUUGAUGAUAUUGGGAAUGAGCAAAAUUUUACAACUGAAGAAAUAAAUGAAAAUUAUAAAUCUAGAAAUACAUUUAUUAAGAAUAGUAAGUCUAAGGUUGAAAGAGACACGACAAUAAAAGAAAACAGACGAGAGGAAAAAACAAACAAAAUGCAAAGAAAAGUUGAAGACAAGGAAAGACCGAGACACAAAGAAAAAGUGUUGAAAAAUGUCUCUAUUGAAGACUUGGAGAAAAGUAAACAGGAAGUUUACGAUCAUAACAAUCGUAGGAAUUGGCCAAAUAAUAAAAAUAAACAGACAAUUUUAAAGAAAUGGAGAGUUGAUCAUAAUGACAAAACAAAAAUUACUGCAAGAUCAGAGAAAUUUCAGCUGAUUAAAGAUUAUAAACCAAUUGGGAGAGAAAAUAAUGAAAAACAGAAAAACUGGAUAUUUUUUAAAUAUGUCAAACAUCCUGUGGCGAAUGUUAGUGGGCACGUUUGGCGUGAAAAUGUUGUACGAAAAAAAUUAUCAAGCGAUUUAAAUGAAUUACAAAAAAAAUCAAAGACCGUUAAAAAAGACAAAAAAUAUCGGAGAAAAUUGUCACCAAGCCAUCUUGUACCUUACUCAGAUUAUGCGAAAGAAUUAAAUUUUCACCAAAUGGUUUUUAAUGUUCAACAUAAGAAGGGUCUUUUUCAUUCUCUCAACGAAACAAAACACGAAGAGGAAGUUGGCUCCAAUUACAAAAUUCCCGUAUCAAAUGAAACCGUGGCUGAAGUUAUUGUCAAUGAAACUAACCCGACGCAUCUUGAUUUUCACAUACGAUUUGGAGACAGCAAGAAAGGGAAAGACAAGACAAGUAUGAUGAAAAAGCAAUCGUUCAAUGAUAAGUACAACUAUACAUUUUCCAUUGACUAUAACAAUCAAAAUUCGAGCUUUACAAAAACUGGGCUUAUCAAAAAUUUUCAUAACAACAUCAACAAUGUACAGAGAACAAAAAUUAACCUUAUGGAACGCAAAGUAAGAGAAAGUGGCUUAUUUAACAAAAUCAAACAUUAUCGACGAAGUCAUAAAAAUAAUUCUCUUCAAAAACCAUUUCAAAACUUCCAGGAAAACAUUAAAAGCAUUGAAAAUAAAAAGAACCCAAAUAAAAAAAGACUAAACUAUUGGGUGUUCAGGAUUGAACCUAAAACUGCAAAUAAAAUGAGAAGGAACGUGAGUGAAGAGACACUAAAGAAAUUGAUUUUCAAGGUUAAUUAUAGAAAUGAAGACCAUGGAAACAAAACGAUUUCAUCAUUGAAUUCAAAAAAAUAUUUCAAUACAUUCUCCAGCUUCAAUAAUUUCAAUGAAAAGGUAUCGUUAAGGAACGCAACAAAGCAUAUUCAGAGUCACAAAUACUCCAUUUUAAACCUGUCAUCAUUAGCAAAAAGUAAACUACAUAAAAACAGAACACACUUGGUUAAUCAUUUUAAGCAUGUGGACAGAAUGUUGGGAAAAUCUUCCAUCUUAAACAUCCCAUAUGCUCAACAGUUGAAGAAACUUUUCAAUCGUUUAAAAUAUGUUUUCCAAACCGCAGUGAGUGCAAAAAAGUCGGGUGAAAAAAUGAUAAAUGUAAUUAAGGGUGUUGAUUCACGAAUGCAGCGUCUUGAGAGAAUCAUCAUGCAUCUUACAAAUGAAAAAGUUUCGUUAAAUAAUAUCCCUUCAAAGAUAGAUUCAACAAGGAGCAGUCAGAAUUUUAAUUCAUCAAUAUCAUCAAAAAUUUAUCUUGCGCUUAAAAACCUAUCUUCAAAACACAACGGGACGAUAAAAGGAAUACUACAAACAGUACAACAUUUGGAGGAAGCGUUUAAAGUUUAUGAAAAAGAUGAACACGUGAUAAAAUGUAAAAGUACAUCAACAAUUCUUGAGCAAAUCACCAUCAGCAAUGCUGUGGAAAAGCGAUAUAUUCAUUAUGAAAAUAUGAACAGUAUGGAAACAUGUGUAGAGAAAUGUUGUGAAUCUAAACGCUGCAACACAGCAUUGUUUGAAAAACGCAUUUGUUAUGCAAUUGACUGCAAACAUGAGGAGUGUUCGCUAACACAUGAUCCUAGAAUUAAUUCAAGUGUAGCUCUCGUUAAAAAAGAAACUCUUGCCGAACUUAGAUUUGUCAGCUCUUCAUCAUCUUUUGCGGAUAAUUGUGAAAUAAAACCACACGUUAUCUCAAAUUUAGUCAUUGGUAAAAAUGGAUUACACGGAAUUGUCACCUUAUAUGAAAAUGUUUCAGAUACAUGGUUGUGUGGUAUGCAAUGCUGCAGAGUACGAAACUGCAAUGUUGCUAUGAUUCAGUACGGUAAAUGUUACAUUGUAUCUUGCCUCUCAGAUGGACCAUGCUUUCAUUUUGAAGCAUUACAUGGCGAAAAAACAAUUUUGGUUUUCGUUAAAAGAUCUGCGUCAACGAUCUUGCACGCGUCAAGAAACAUAAGAUUAGACAAAUUUAAUGAUGAAGUCAGCUACGCAUAUCUUUACGAAAAUAUCGCCCCUCAAACCAUAUCUGCAAUGUUAAGACUAACGUCAAGAAAAAAAGAAAGCGCUGUUCUUUCAUCUUCACAGUCAAAUCCACCAUCAUUUAUCUCCAUGACCAAUAUGGUUAUCAAAGCUAACAAAACUAACAGCAAAUACAAUUUAGAAACAUUCAAAGAACAGCAUUCUACACAUCCAUCCCAAUCAAUUCAUUCAAAAAGUAAAAUAAACUUAGAAAUUUUAAAAGAGAACGCUGCUAGCAUUCAACCAAUAAACUUUUCAAAAAGUCACCAAAACAUCUCACUGUAUAAAAUUGUUUUGAAGAUGAGGAAUUUAUCUCUGGAACAAGGAAAUUUGAGGAAUAUUAUGCAUAAUCUCAACUAUAUUAAAAACGAUUCUUUGCAAAAUGUGACCAACGACAAAAAGCUAACAAAGAACAAUUUUAUUAAAGUUGUGUCUUCCAUAUAUGAUCCUUGGACAGUUCCGAAACAUUUUCAGAUAUAUAAAAAGUCACAAAACAUUGCCACACCAAAACUGAAGGAAUCACCGAUUGCCGUUAUUACAACUCCAGCCAUGAAUAGUUGGACGAUGGCAAAAUCCAGCAAUAACGUUUCUGUUAUUUCUUCUGCGGUAGUUAAUAAAUCAGCAUAUUUUAAAAAAUAUAUGGCUGAGGAAGUUGUCGAAGCUUUAUUUAGAUCAGGUAUUUCUCCUUUGAGUAAAGAGAAAAUUCGCGGUCUGAUGCACGAGCAGUAUUCAUUGAAUGAGCGCAUGAGAUAUCUCGAGUCAAUCAUUAAUAUCAAAGAUCAACCAGCAAGAAGUAUUUAUCAAAUGAAAAUCUCUAAUACACUACUUGCUACGUCAAUGUCACUGAACAAGAACAAAAGGCAUAUUUUCAAACGUCUUGGGUCAAUGAUUGCUACGCAAAAGCAUGUGCCAUUAGGUACAAUGUAUUCUGUUGAUAGCUCUAGUCUGCAUUUCAAUGCAACAUUGUUGUCGAGAGAUAGCAAAUGGAUUAGCUCUGGUGAUGUGGAAAAUUUUAGUGCUUACAGUAACUAUCAUUUAGAUGUAAAAUCAAUGAUCACAAAACACGAACCAAAUGAAUUCUCUUCCCUUAGAUGGUCGAAACAUAAUGAAAGCUACUCAAAAACCUUCUACACUAUAGCAAAUGCUAAUGAUGACCAUAAUCAUCUUAUUCCAAUGGAUUCAACAACUACAAAAGGCAAUCAUAAGUCGUUUGCCAUUUAUCCUUUUAAAACUACGUCGUAUUAUAGGAGAUUUAACGGUCAAAUUAUGAGUUAUGCGCCUCCUUAUUAUUCCGCACGUAUUAUUGAUGAAGAAAACAAGCUUUUGCAUUUGGAGUCGAGUAUUGUCAAACCUGUCAAUAUACCAAGUAUAAGUAUGAACACAUUAAUAAAAAGUCUCUCUGACAUAUCCAAUGAAUUUAUAUAUGUACCUGAUGAUGGAGACUAUGUUCUACAAAAUCUGAGAAGCAUUGUCCAGUUGGAUCUUGGACGUCACGCUCGAAAGAUAAUUUCAACAUCUUCUACAUACCGUGUUAGCCCCUCGUCCUAUUCACAUAUAACUGAAAUCAAGGACGACAUGAUUAAGAAUUACGAUACAAACAGAUUGUACGAAAAAACUAUGACUGAACUGAAAGACGCGUUGGAAUCACGAAUUCAUGAAAACAGCGUAAUAACAUGGAGUUCAAUAUCGCUUUCUAUACCUGCUCUGGAAUCGUUAAAGAAUACAAGAGCAUUCAUUUCACAGGGAGAAAAACUUAAACGUUAUUUUCAAGCUUUGAGUAACGUGAAUCAAGGAUUGAAAAUUUCACAUUAUUUGAGCGAAAACUAUAACGAGUCAAAGAACAAUAACGUGCAAACACAAAUUGGCGAACAUUUGGUACAAUUAAAUGAAGUCAUACAACAAAGACCAAACAAACCUUUCAAAAUAAAGAAAAGAGCAAAAGUAAAAAUUAACAGCGACAGUCUAACUAACAACAAAGUUAGAAAAGCGAGAGUAAAAAUUGCAAGUGAACAUAAUAUACAGUCCAGGAAAAGUAGGAAACGAGGGAAUUGUGUGAAAAGUCAUCCUUCCUUGAAUAUGAUACCAAAGAACUUUGGAUUACGAAAAUAUUUUGGGAUCGUAAAUUCAGUGGAAAGGUGUGUACACUUUUGUUGCGAAUGGAAUGGUUGCAAUCUUGCUUUCAUGGUGUUCAAUGAGUGUUUUGGUGUACUAUGCAAAAAUCAAUGCGAUCUUGUCCCAAAUUCAGAUGCAAAAUUUGUCACUAAGAUUGUCUACGUAAAAAGACACAAGGAUAUCAUGCAGUGGCUCGACACGAAAAACGAGGCACACGAAUUAUCAGCAUCUUUUGCCAAGAUUUUAUACAACAAAAAUAUCCUUAACAAAUCUGCAAAGGCUCCUCCUCGUAAACGUUUGUUUAUAACUUCAGACAAGUUGCAACAAAAAAAAGAAAAAAUGGAGCCGUUUAAAACGCUGGUGUUUGAUAAGUCUUACCACGAUAAAAAUACUUCUAAAAAUCUCAUCUAUUCAAAAGAGAAACGAGGUGAUAGUAAUAAACCUCGAAUCAAUGUUAAAGCUGCAGUAGAACCUUCUCAUAGUACGCAUAUAAGAGAGCAUUGUAUUCCCGGGAAAGUAGAACACGAUGUUACACUUAUUGGUGGAAUACAUGCUGGCAUAUAUACAGAGCAAGGAGAAGUGCUAAAUAUGAACGAGUGCAUUGAAUGGUGUUGUAAGAGAAUAAAAUGUGAUGUUGCUAUGUUGAUCAAAGGUAUAUGUUACACAGUUUCUUGUUUUAAUCUACAAAACUGCGCAAGCGCUCCAGUAAGGCGAAUACAAUAUCAUCCAAGUCUUGUACAUAUACGACGAAUUAAACAUUCCCCCCAGAGAAUUUAUUUUGACAACGACAAAGAUGUAUCAUUAGAGGAAAUAGUGGAGGGAUCUCAUCCAGCAAUGGUAGAAUAUAAACACCUUGGUGAUGAAGAGAAAAAUGAUCGCAAAAAUUCAUUGAUUGAAAAUGAAUUAGUCGAUCUUUUAACCGAACAAUCAUUGGUGACUCAUGACAAAGUACUUGAACCAACAAAAACUGAAGGUUUCUUAAAGCCAUCCUCGUCAAUUCAAUCAAUUAACGAUGUUUCUGAUGAUAGAAAUGUUGAGCCUAAUCAGGCAUUCCGCAGGCACACAGGGUUGUUAAAUGAAGUUGAUCCUCCCUCAUGCCUGCACUACCCGAUCUCUUACAAUGUUACGCUACGUCAUGGUUUGAGGUCGGGUUAUUUCAAAGACCAGGGGAGGGUCGACAAUUUUCAAGACUGCUUUCGCCAUUGUUGCCAGAUCGACGAAUGUGACUUGGUAUACAUGUUGCGUGACAAUUGCUUUUUAGUUGUAUGCUACGACAGUGAAUCAUGCGCAUUAGAACCAUCAUCUUUAUUAUCUGGUAUGAGAUUAGCAGCGGCGUUUGUUGUAAAAAGUAAGAAAGUUAAAUUAAAAGGAGCGUCUCAAAUGUCUGCUCUCCCCGUGUACGAUGAAAUUGGUAUGAUGUAUCAACCAGGGUACAACAGAAAGAUACAGUCCAGCCUACUUAAUGAUGCACGAAGAAAUGAAGAUGUUAAUCCCUAUCUCCAGGCAAAAUAUUAUGAACCUGCAACACCGUAUGAAUAUCUUUCUUAUUCAAACUUUGAAAAAGCACGACCUCGUAAAAAUUUUGCUGGUUAUAACCGCGGUUCACCGACAACACAUAUCCACCCACAAAAGACAGAAGAAAACUCUGACAAAUUGCCUGAUUGUAUUCCAGGUCCUGAUCGGUAUUUUACUACUGUGCGUGGUGGACUAAAUCAUGUGUUUGUCACAGAUGUUGGAAUUGUGACAAGCAUGAAAUCAUGCAAGGAAUUUUGUUGUCAGAAGUCUGACUGUGAUGUUGCUUUGCUACAAGACCAACGAUGUUUACUUGUGUCUUGCAUAAAACGUGAGCUAUGUGAGGACAUACCUUCUAGAGGUAUACGUGGUAUUGCUCGCCUCUCACAUAUUACACGAAGAAAAAGAUCUCUACAAAGUAACAAGAAUGUGAGAACAAGAGGAACUUAUCUUAAAGAUGAUGAAGUUAAAGACAAUUGGCGCGAAAGACUUACGUACGGAAAUGAAAAUAUGCAAAAUAAAAUUGUAAAUGAUAAUAAUUAUUUGGAGACGAAAGAAGAUAACGAUGACUUCAGUAGUGAACGCAAAACCACAAAACUCAAUGGUGAUAGAGAUAUUUCAACACCCUCUCAGCUAUUAGAACCAAAUGGUGGUGAUAUGAAAGUUAUAAUGAAAGUCAUAGAAAAGGAGAAAAACAUGAAUUUAAUGUUGGAAAUAUCGCGAACAACCACAGCAAGAAAAAUAGUGAUUUGGACUCACAGUCAAAGAUGAUCCAGUUUUUGUUUGAUUUGUUGAAAGAAAACGGCACUCACACGGACUUCAAAAAGCAAAAAGAAUUUAUGGGUAACUCAGCAAACGAAGCUGUAAAAUCCAGUUUGACUACACAGAUGCAAAGCAAAA